AGCCGCCGGCACGGCCCCGCCUCCGCUGCCCCGGUGGUGGCCCACGGCCCCCCGGUUUCCCGUGGUGAAACUGGAGUCACUGAAACGCUGGAAUGAAGAGAGGGGUUUGUGGUGCGAAAAGGGCGUUCAGGUACUACUGACCACCAUCGGCGCCUUCGCGGCUUUUGGCCUCAUGACCAUCGCUAUCAGUACUGACUACUGGCUCUACACGAGAGCUCUCAUCUGUAACACCACCAACCUCACAGCAGGUGAUGACGGACCGCCCCAUCGUGGGGGCAGUGGCUCCUCAGAGAAGAAGGACCCCGGGGGCCUCACACAUUCAGGCCUCUGGCGGAUAUGCUGCCUGGAAGGGUUGAAAAGAGGUGUCUGCGUGAAGAUCAACCACUUCCCGGAGGACACGGACUACGACCACGACAGCGCGGAGUACUUGCUCCGAGUAGUCCGGGCCUCCAGCAUCUUUCCUAUCCUGAGCGCCAUCCUGCUGCUGCUCGGGGGCGUGUGCGUAGCUGCCUCCCGCGUCUACAAGUCCAAAAGGAACAUCAUCCUGGGCGCAGGGAUCCUGUUCGUCGCAGCAGGCUUGAGCAACAUCAUCGGGGUGAUUGUGUACAUAUCGGCCAACGCGGGCGAGCCAGGCCCCAAGAGGGACGAGGAGAAGAAAAACCACUAUUCGUACGGCUGGUCCUUCUACUUCGGCGGGCUGUCCUUCAUCCUGGCCGAGGUGAUCGGCGUGCUGGCCGUCAACAUCUACAUCGAGCGCAGCCGAGAGGCACACUGCCAGUCACGCUCGGACCUGCUCAAGGCCAGCGGCGGCGCGGGCGGCAGUGGUGGGAGCGGCCCCUCGGCCAUCCUCCGUCUGCCCAGUUACCGCUUCCGCUACCGCCGCCGCUCCCGCUCCAGCUCCCGAGGCUCCAGCGAGGCGUCGCCAUCGCGGGAUGCGUCUCCCGGAGGCCCCGGGGGCCCGGGCUUCGCCUCCACGGACAUCUCCAUGUACACGCUCAGCCGCGACCCGUCCAAGGGCAGCGUGGCCGCGGGGCUGGCGAGCGCCGGGGGCGGCGGCGGCGGGGGCGGCGUGGGUGCCUACGGCGGGGCGGCCGGGGCGGCGGGGGGCGGCGGGGCGGGCUCGGAGCGGGACCGCGGGAGCUCGGCGGGCUUCCUCACGCUGCACAACGCCUUCCCCAAGGAGGCGGCGUCCGGCGUCACGGUCACGGUCACCGGACCGCCCGCUGCGCCCGCGCCCGCGCCGCCCGCUCCCGCAGCGCCCACGCCCGGGACCCUGUCCAAAGAGGCUGCGGCGUCCAACACCAACACGCUCAACAGGAAAACCACGCCCGUGUAG